AUGUUGGACCAGCUCACUUGCGCCAGGAAGUCGCUCUGUCGCUGGGCCGGCAACCACAAGACGCUGCUCGUCAGCACGGGCGUCGUCGUUGCCUGCGGCGCGGGGGCCUACUACGGCGUCAAGCGCGUGAUCCGCGAGGCCGAGACCAUGAUGCUCGACUCGCAACGCGAGCUCGUGGCUCACCAGCGCCUGCAGAUGCACCUUGGCCGGUCCCAAGAAGAGAUCAAGGCGGCCUUCCUGCGCUUCGUGCCAUCGCUAAAGACGCGUCUCUACAAGCUCUUGGACCUCGAAGGUAUCGUCGCCAACCUCAAGGUGCUCGACAAGUCGGAGCGCGAGAUGCGCGACUCGAUGUGGGAAGACGCCAAGCUCCUAGGUUUUGGCCGUCUCUUUGCCGGCCUCCACGCCUUUUGCCAGCUGCACCUGCUUGUGCACUGCGAACUGCUCAUCCUCGGCCGCGAGACCUUUCACAAGCACAAGGGCGAGGACGACACGAGCGGCGCGUCCGUUGAUGUGCAGCAGCAGUUCCUCUCGUCGACCCUCGAGUACUUUUUCGAAACGGGGUUGCCCAAGCUCACGGCCGAGAUCGAGUCGCGUCUCGGCAACCAUCCGACGCUACAGACGUGGCGUGUCAAGGAGAAGGCCCAAGUCGACAAGGCGGACCUCGACCACUUGCUUCGGGAGCUGCAUGCCACGUGCCUUCCGAGCUCGGCCAACGACCACGUGCUCUGGCACUCGUUCCUCAUCUACCCGGACGAUGUGCCGGAGGCCCACCCCGCAGGCGUGCUCCCGCUCUUGAACGAGCUAUGGGACAUUCUGGAGACUCCUUUCUUCAAGGAUGCAUUGCGGGCGUCCAUCGACUGUCUCUUCGAGCUCCUUGCCACUGACAUCGUCGCGGCGCUCUACCCGCACGAGGCGGGGCCUAUCACGGAGAUGAGCGCGAUCCAGCGGCCGCCGCUUGCCAAGGUCAUUCCGCAGCUCAAGGUUGAAGUCGGCCGCCUCUAUGUGGCGACAGCCAAGCAAUCGACACUGCUUCAGCACUGGGAGACGCUCUCGGGCCUCGAGACGCUCCAGUGCCUCAGCGAGUCCAUUUUUGUGCAGGAGGCUGACGAUGCGGCGUCACGCCCCGAGUCCUCGUGGGGCUGGAUCUAA